CAUUACUCACUCUCUAGUUAGUAAGCACCUUGAAAGAACUAUGUACGUAUGUACAUGACGUGAUGCGAAAGUGGGUGUGCCCAUCAUUGGUUAGCCGGCUAUCAAACGUAAAGCUUCUCCCCGUUUUUAUUUUUCGGAAACAGUUUAUUGGCAGUUUUCUGCAUAGUCAAAAAUGUCUCAACAACAGUAUUAUCCGUUUAAAUGUACUCCAACGGUGUAUCCUGCGGAACCAUUUGAUGCAAAUGCAGAUGCUACAAUGUUGCGUAAAGCAAUGAAAGGUUUUGGUACUGAUGAAAAAACUAUUAUUGAUGUACUUACAAGGAGAGGAAUUGUUCAGAGAUUAGAAAUUGCUGAAGCAUAUAAAACUUUAUAUGGAAAAGAUUUGGUUAGUGAUUUAAAAAGUGAAUUAACAGGGAAAUUGGAAGAUGUUAUAAUUGCUCUUAUGAUACCAUUACCUCAUUAUUAUGCUAAAGAACUACAUGAUGCAGUUAGUGGAUUAGGAACUGAUGAAGAAGCAAUUGUAGAAAUUUUAUGUACAUUGAGUAAUUACGGUAUACGUACCAUUGCAACAUUUUAUGAGAACUUAUAUGGAAAAUCUCUUGAAAGUGAAUUAAAGGGUGAUACUUCAGGACAUUUCAAAAGAUUAUUAGUUUCUCUUGUUCAAGCAAACAGGGAUGAAAAUCAAGGAAUAGAUCAAGCACAAGCUAUAGCAGAUGCUCAGGCACUUUAUGAAGCUGGUGAGAAACAAUGGGGCACAGAUGAAUCACAGUUUAAUGCUAUUUUAGUAACACGUAGCUAUCAGCAAUUAAGACAGACUUUUAUUGAAUAUGAAAAAAUAUCUGGUCAUGACAUUGAAGUUGCUAUUAAGAAAGAGUUUUCUGGAAGCCUUGAAAAGGGUCUCCUUGGAAUAGUAAAAUGUGUAAAAUCAAAAGUUGGUUUCUUUGCUGAGCGAUUGUAUGCCAGUAUGCAUGGUAUUGGUACAAAAGAUCGAACAUUGAUCCGCAUUAUUGUUUCUCGAAGUGAAAUUGAUUUAGGUGAUAUUAAAAAAGCUUUUGAAGAACGUUAUGGAAAAUCAUUGGAAAGCUGGAUUGCGGGUGAUACAUCUGGAGAUUACAAAAAGGCUUUACUCUCACUUGUUUCUACUUAAUUAAGAGAAAAUAUUUCAGGAUAAAUUCCAAAGCUUUAAUAAUAUUUAUGGCCCAAAUAAAAGAUGAGUGUCUUGCACACUUUUGCUUAUACUUUUGCUUUACAUCAAUCUAUUAAUUAAAUAUAUGGAUAUAAAGGAUUGUGCAUUUUACUAUAUUUUUUACACAAUUUUGGAAUCUCUGAAGAAUCUUUACGGUGCUAUACUGUGCUUUUUAUGAUAUACUAAAAUUUAUUUUUUAUGAAGUAUACUAGUUUACUAAAUUGCAUAGUUAUAUACUAUUUUUUAUUAAAAAUGUUUAUAUAUAUAUGUGUAUAUUUGACAAUGAAAACCUACUAUUUGUACAAACUGUUAUAAAAAAAAUCUUUAUGAAUAUAAAUAUAUUAAAAUGUUAAACAUUGUA